CCAAAUGGAGGGCGGCCCAAGAAUUGUAGCGUGUUAAAUACCCUAGAAACAACAGAGGGGGGGGAUUGGAAGCCAAAGAAAGCUAAACAUGCCCUUCUUCUUCCUCCUCUGACUUGCUCGCUCUUUUCUGUCUCGAUUUCCUCCCCAUCUUCCAGGAUCCUUAUUGCGCACCCAAUGUCUUUUGAUCUGAACGAGAAACAUUCAUCAAUCAUUAGGGCCUUUUGUUUCAUGAACCGAGGGAGGCUUUGGUGUUCGUGGAGAGUGUUUUUCCGGCACUGGACUUGACACUCUUUCAGUCCUUUGUUUUUUAGGCUCUUGUUUAUAAUUUUUUUUUUUCCUUUUCUGUUCUCUGGACUUCAGAUCAUUUUUAUUGUGUGAAAGGCAGUAUUUAUAGGAAGAGGGUUGAAUUGUGAUUAUUUGCUUCACAACUUGUGAGGAAUUUGGACAUUGGGACGUCAUUCUUAGAUAUUGGGACUUUACAUCUGGAUUCUGUGAUGGGGAAAUCAUCUCUGCCUCCUGGUUUUCGGUUCAAUCCUACUGAUGUUGAGCUGGUGCAAUAUUAUUUGAAGAGGAAGGUAAUGGGAAAGAGACUCCUUGUUAAAGUUAUUGCUGAGGUGGACAUUUACAAAUGGGCUCCUUGGGAUCUUCCAGACAAGUCUUGUUGGCGAAGUGGAGAUUUGAAGUGGUACUUCUUUUGUCCUAGAGAGAAAAAAUAUGCAAGUGGAGCUAGAAUGAAUCGUGCCACUGACUGUGGUUACUGGAAAACCACAGGAAAGGAUAGAUCUGUUCUUUACAGUAAUGAAGUUGUUGGGUGGAUUAAAACAUUAAUUUUCCACACCGGUCGAGCUCCACGAGGACAGCGGACUGAUUGGGUUUUACAUGAGUAUAGGCUUGAAGACAAGAAACUGGUUGAUAUGGGUGUGCCUCAGGAUUCUUAUGUGCUCUGUAUGGUUUUCCAAAAGGAUGGGAUAGGACCAAGAAGCAAUAAACAAUAUGGUGCACCCUUCAAAGAGGAAGAUUGGACUGAUGAUGAGGUUGAAACUGAUGUAGUUCCACAUGUAAACAUGCCUGAGCCAAACCUUGGUCAUGCAAACAUUCAUCAGCCAGAGCCACAUCUUAUUCAUUCAAACAUGCCUGAGCCAGACCUUGUUCAAGCAAACAUACCUGAUCAAGUACCUGUUAAUUCAAACAUCACUGAGCCCGAUCUUGUUUAUGGAAACAUGCCCGACCCAUACCUUGUUUAUCCAAACAUGCCUGAAUCAGACCUUGAUUAUGCAAACAUGCCUCAAUCAGACCUUGGUUAUGCAAACAUGUCUGAGCCAUCCCUUGUCUUGCCCAGCAACUAUAAUAGCUCUAUUGCUACUCGCACCAAUUCCCGUGAGUCUUGUGUUUCUGAUAUCUUGCCACCUUCUUGCAAUGUUCUGCAGUCUGUUUCCAGUAAUUAUGUUACAACAGAGAAACCUCAUGUUUCAACUGAUGAUGAUAUCAUGUCGAUGCUUAAUUGCUUUACAGAAGAAGGAACUUUCUCCAUGAGUGACAUUGACAAAAAUGAGCAGCUUGAUAAUCUCAUUUAUUCUGGAGACGCUAAUCCUAUAGCUGAUUUCGAAAGACAUGAUGAUGCUCAUGAAGAUCGGGGAGGAUUGAGCAAAAAUGGAUAUAAUAUCCCCAAUGGAGCUAUGUCUGGAGCUCCAGGUGAGAAUGAGCCAUAUCUGGAGCUAGUUGAUCUUGACAAACCUUUGAAUGGCAAUAAUUCCCUGUUUCCAAUGAUUAGUCCACCUCAUACUUUUCUUGGAGAGACACCUUAUGAAGACUCGUUGUUUCCAUGGAGUGAUGACUUAUGAAGACUGGAUGUGUUGAAUAAUAUGAACUUCUGAAAAUAUCAUUUAUCCAACAUUAAGUUUGUGAACUGGUCAUUUGUCUUCGCAUGACAUCAUUGUUAUUUCUAUUAAAAUUGAUGUGAACUGCUGCAAACAUCAUUGCUCCGACAUCAAGUUUGUGAACUGGUUAUUUGACUUUGCAUGACAUCAUUAAUAGAAUAAAAUUGAUGC